AGUAGUUGUUGUUUUUCGAAUGGUGUGCGCAUACGAAAAUCACCAAGGAAGACAAUUACAGGGACCAGAAAUCUCGCUAUUUUUGUGGUAUGUCAUUGCUUUUAAUGUAAUGUCUAUGAUCAUCAAUAAUUGUGCUAUAUUUUAUAAUCCUCUGACUGUCUUGGUGCGAAAACUCCCUAAACACAACUGGACUGAUAUUUUUUACUUUAAAAAGGAGGAUAACAGAUCAAGUUCAAAAUGAUGAUCAGUGAAGAUAUCAGUGAACCGUCCUCCCCGGACACACCAUUUGAUGAUUCAGAUUUGCUCAAUUCAAGUAUGACAGAUGAUGUCUCUGCACAGCUCGCAGCUUCUGGUCCAAUAGGUGUAGCUGCUGCAGCAGCCAUAGCAACAGGGAAAAAACGCAAAAGACCACAUUCUUUUGAGACAAAUCCUUCCAUACGCCGUCGACAGCAAACAAGACUGAUUAGAAAGCUGAAAGCAACUAUUGAUGAGUAUGCAACAAGAGUAGGGCAGCAGGCUGUUGUUCUAACCUGUACUCCUGGAAAACAUGAUGGCAAUUUCAAGGUCUUUGGAGCUGCUCCACUUGAAAAUAUUAUGAGAAAUUUAAGGGGAAUAGUCUUACAGGACCUUGACAAUGCCUUGGCACAGAGAGCUCCCCAGCAAGCUGAUGCAAAUUCAGAUCUCUAUGAACUACCACCUCUGGUCAUUGAUGGUAUUCCAACUCCAGUAAAUAAGAUGACCCAAGCCCAGUUGAGGGCAUUUAUACCUCUCAUGCUCAAGUACUCAACAGGAAGAGGAAAGCCAGGUUGGGGAAAAGAAAGCUGCAGGCCAGUGUGGUGGCCAUCUGACCUACCAUGGGCUAAUGUCAGAAGUGAUGUUAGAUCAGAAGAUGAAAAGAGAAAGGUGUCAUGGACCCAUGCUUUACGUACAAUAGUCAUCAACUGCUACAAGCAUCAUGGUAGAGAUGACCUCUUGCCAGAAUUUGUUGAAGAUAAGUGCAAGGAAAUAGAGGCAUCUCAAAACCAGGCUGCUUCACUACCGACGGCAACCUUAUUACCAUCCCAUGCUGUGGUACACACAAUCAAUAACCCUGAUGGGACUGUUUCUCUCAUCCAGGUUGAUACUGGAGCCACCGUAGCAACAUUGGCAGAUGUUACGCAAGUUCAACAGUUGACUAACCUUCAGACUCUCCAGCAAGUGAGACUUCAACCUUUGCAAAUCCAGCAUGCAUUGGGAAAUCAACAAGCAGAGGCUACUCAAGCUGUACAGACCCUGGCUGAGGUAGCUGCUGCACAAGGAACAGAUGGUGAGAUGACCGAAGGACAAACAGUCACUGCAUUGGCUGAGGGUACUCAACUUGUACUAUCAAGUGAUGGAUCACUCCAAGCAGUUAAUGAUGGUUCAGCACAGGGUAUUGUUAUUCCGGCUUCAGUGUACCAGACAGUGGUAGCAGGUGAUGGACAGCCCAUACAGAUUGCUAAUGUGAACAUUGCUCCACAGAAUGCAGGAGCAACCAAUAUGCCAACUAUUAAGAAUGUUACUUCUGUCAUGCAAAGCCAACCUAUCACUUCUCAAUCUCAUGUUGCUACUCUUGUAGUAAAUUCAGCACCAACUGAUCAAAAUACAUAAUGCUUCACCGUCCUGCUCAAGAAUGAUUGAUUUGAAGUUUCAUUCCGGGACAGUAAAGAUAUCAGGAAAAGUAUGUUUUGGCAUUGAUCAUUUUAUAGCUUAUAUCUGCUCAGUUAUAUUAAAGGGUUUUGGUAGCUUUGUGGAAAUCUGACUAACUACCUUGUUGACUAUUGAUGUCUGUGGAUUAUUUUUAGAUGAAUAAUUUAAUGAACAUGAGCAAGGUUUUGAAAUGAAUUUGUUAUCAAAGCAUCUAUGUUUGACGAAAUACUGUCAAAUAGGAAAGUAUACUAACUUACUAAGGCAUUAUUUUAUAACACUGUAUUCUUGGAGUGGAAGAUAUCUUGAUGCUUAUGAGGUUGGUAUUUCAUGGCUAUAUUUAUCUGCACAAGACUGCAUGCACAUGUAUGGUCAUGCAACAUACAUGUAUAUUUGACAAGGUUCCCAAUCCCUUUUUACAAAAAAAAAUGUUCACUCUUGGUUUUAAUCACAGCUCCUCACUGUUGAGAAAAGAGUUUGUAAGUUUAUGAUUGGAUCAUUUUGAUGAACAUGAUUUAUUUCAUUGAAGCUCAAUCAGUUUAUAUUUUGUGAGACCAUGCAUAUUAUAUAGUCAGCUUAAAACAUAAAAUCAACAUAAAUCCAGCUGGUCUGAUUCUAAUUUCAUUUUCUCUUCAAUCAUUUUGUUGAUCUGUUUUUUAAUUGUUCUGUUUUUCUUCAUAUCUAUUAUGCUAUUAAUUUAUUUGCAAUAUUGAGUUGUGAAAUUGACAGUGCCAUAUCUUAAUUUCAGUAGAAUAAAAGGAAAGUUUCACCCAUAAUAAGUUGCUUGAAUAACCGAAAUUAGAAAGGUAAAGUACUGAAAAUCGUAGGAAAUUAUGACUGUAGCUACAAAAUAGUAAUUGUUAACAUAAUAUCUAUUUAGUCUAUCACUUCUUAGCAAUUCACUCAAAUUUCAAUUGCAUAUUCCUACCAUUCUUUCCCAUGAAUUUACUCUGACUGGUUUAAAUAUGAAGUAAAUUUAUUUGGUUUUCCCAUCCUUGGUAUCUGCCAUUGGUUGUUAUUGGAGGGACCCAUGCAACAAUUUACACUGGGUACAACUGUUCAUUGCAGACAAUAAGAAAAUACCGGUAUUACUGUAAUUUGUAAAUCACAAUUAUUCAUCUACACGUAUAGACCAAUGUACUCAAAGCACAAACAGCGCAUAAGAGGUCAUUUUAUUUCGAUUUCCAGGAUAUGUACAAAUGAUAUAAGCCUUUUUCAGGACCAGCUUUUAUUUUUGUCCUAAUUUGGGGCUGAGGUGGUUGUAGGAGAGUUAACCAUAUACUUCUGAACUGAUGGUUUGCUUUUCUGCAAUAUGUCAUCUAGGUCAUGAAGGGAGAACAUUUUUAAGUUAUCUGAAAUGUUACACAUUGAGGUUUAAAGCCCCUAAAAUUAUUUGUGUUGAGAAUGUGAGCUUAAUUGGCAUUCUCAAUAUUCUCAUUUUAAAUUGUAUCAGAAUGUGAUUUUAUUUCUAAUUAUUAAGUGUUGUGACAGAAUAUGUAGUUUUUCUUCCGGUUUGAUCAUAUUUAUCAAAAUAGCAUAGGAAUUAUUUCGUGAAGAUCCACAAGCAAGCUCUACAUGAAUUUCCCCAAAGUUGAUCAUUUAAAAACAUAUUUGUGAAAAUCAGAAAGAUUGGCAAAUUAUUGAGGGUUGAAUUUAUCAUACAUUUUGUCAAUCUUGCAUUUUGCCACUUUGUGUCAAGUUCUACUACCUCUCUUGCCUAUAUGUAGAAUGCUGUUUGAAAGUACUAGAUCUGUUUAACUCCAUGCAAAAUGUUUUGCACUCUGCACUCUUGAAGCGCUAUGAGCACCGAAAGGUGGACCUGUGCACUAUAUAAGUAGCCACCAUUAAUAUUGUUAUUAUUGUAGCGUAUAACAGUGUAGCAAAGUGAAGUGGAACAAGCAAAUUCUUGAUGGAUUAUCGGUGUGUGUAAAGAUUGAAAUGUCAACAUUCAAAAAAUAUAAAUAUGUUUGAUUUUUGUUUAUCCUGGUUACUGUAUUCAUAAAUCAAAUUGAUUGUUCAAGCAUUUUUUUUUCAAUAAUUGAUCUGAGGGUGAUUUAGUUGUUUGUAGUUAUCUGCCUCAAAUAUUGACAUUCUAGAGCAGAGUAUCACAAAUAGAUCAAUCAUGCCACCUUAUUAAAAUGUCAUCAUAUUCGCGUAUUGAUUAAAAUGUUUUGAUUUUCAGUUUCAUUUAUAUCUUAUGAAAUAUAUUUAUUUUGGCCUUGGUAAGAUGUUAAAUUAUUAUAAGAGUUGUAUGAUAUCAGAUUUCUUUUCUAUUCAUAAACUUGGGUUCAAUCGCAUAAAACUCUGAAUUAUGUUAACUUUGCAAUUUAUUAUAAUUACCACACUAACUUCCGUCAACAGUCAUUCACAAUAAGGAUGCUGUGGAAGUUAUCAUAAUUUGCAAAUUUAAUAUAAGUGUUACGCAAAAUAACCCAGAUCUCAUUUUGUACAGGUAUAUGAUUUUUUAAACAUUGUACAGUGCUGUUGCUUUUAUAUGCACAGUAAAUGUGGUAAAAGCA